CCCUCAGUAAUCACCUUCCUAUUGCCUGCUCACGCUAUCAGCCUUGCAGAACAUAUUGCCAGUUUAGAUCCAAGUCCUCGAAACUCCAAAGCAAGCCAGUUUUUAGAAACCAACGGUCAUAAUGGCUCCCCGGUCCCAAUUAGAAAUUCACACAGCCUCCCUUCUGCGUCUUGUAAAGGAGGAGGCAUCCUACCACAAGGAGCUCCAACAGCAAACAGAGCGGAUACAGAGGCUAGAGGCCGCCAACGGCUUCGACGACGACGAUGGUAACAAGGAGUAUACACUAAAGCAGGAGCGGCUGGCGCUUGAGGAGACAAAGAAAGUCCUCCCGACGAUGAAGAAGAAGAUUGAUGAUGCAGUAGCAAAGCUUGAUUCCCUAGUGGUUGAGGAGGGCAGGAAGGGCCCUGAGAGCAAUGUCGAACAUAUUACUGCUGCGAAAGAAGCCAUAGCUAAGGCUAAGACUGCUGAGAGGGAGGUCUCAUAAUGGAUGUUUUCAUUUUCAUUCAACGGACAGUACAUGCACAUAAUACAUGUCUGCAAAAUAAUGCAAAUGAGAAAGGAAAAAGGGUUCCGCCUUGAUGCCGAAGACCGCCAAAAAGAAAACUCCUUGCUUCUUUACAUAGGGAAAGGAAGAGAAAGCAACCCUGCUUGGAGACCACUAUGUAGUGUCCAUUCGGUCGGCCGUGUGAUUAUCAGGAGC